AUUCACAAGUGCUGGGCAUGAAUAUUUUAUUACCGGAGAUAAUCCUGAGAAGAUAUGAAAAUGAUGGCCCUGAGAAUUUAAACUCAAUAAAAGACUGGGAUAGGGUGUGUGAGUAUAAGCAGCAGAACGUAUGUUACAAUGGACUAGAUGAAAGUUUAACAGCUAUGCAUGGUAAAAUCUACCAAUGCAGUAAAUGUUUCAAAGUUGUCAGAAAAUUAUCAAAUGUAAAUAGAGAUAAGAUGAUAUAUACUGGAGAAAUAACAUUGAAGUGUAAAAAAUAUGAAAAAGUCUUAAAACUAUGCUCAAACGUCCAUAAACAUGAGAUAACCCAUUCUGUGGAAAAGCAGUACAAAUGUAAAGAAUGUUGCAAAGUCUUUAAAUCUUGCUCAAGACUGUCUAAACACAGGGGACUUCAUACUGCAGAGAAAAUUUCCCAUUGUGAGAAUGAUGACAAGUAUCUUAGCCACAGCUCAAAGUAUUAUAACUAUGAGACAAUUUAUAAUGUAGACAAUCCUUACAAAUUUGAAGCAUGUGACAAAUCCUUUAACCAUUACUCAUCCCUAUCUGUACAUAAAAGAAUUCAUUCUGGAGAGAAACCCUACAAAUGUGAAGAAUGUUGCAAACCCUUUAAGGAUUCCUCAACUCUUUCUGUACAUAAAAGAAUUCAUUCUGUCCAGAAACCAUACAAAUGUCAAAAAUGUGGCAAAGCCUUUAACUGGUACUCACAUCUUUCUGUACAUAAAAGAAUUCAUACUGGAGAGAAACCCUACAAUUGUGAAGAAUGUAGAAAAGCCUUUAAUGAUUCCUCAACCCUUUCUGUACAUAAAAGAAUUCAUUCUGGAAAAAAACCUUACAAAUGUGAAGAAUGUGGAAAAGCCUUUAAGGAUUCCUCUAUUCUUUCUGUACAUAAAAGAAUUCAUUCUGGAGAGAAACCCUACAAAUGUGAAGAAUGUGGAAAAGCCUUUAAUGAUUCCUCUACUCUUUCUGCACAUAAAAGAAUUCAUUCUGGAGAGAAACCUUACAAAUGUGAAGAAUGUGCAAAAGCCUUUAACCAUUCCUCAACCCUUUCUGUACAUAAAAGAAUUCAUUCUGGAGAGAAACCCUACAAAUGUCAAGAAUGUGGAAAAGCCUUUAAGGAUUCCUCAACCUUUUCUGUACAUAAAAGAAUUCAUUCUGGAGAGAAACCCUACAAAUGUGAAGAAUGUGGAAAAGCCUUUAAGAAUUCCUCAACCCUUUCUAUACAUAGAAGAAUUCAUUCUGGAGAGAAACCCUACAAAUGUCAAGAAUGUGGAAAAGCCUUUAAAUGGUCCUCAACCUUUUCUGUACAUAAAAUAAGUCAUUCUGGGGAGAAACCCUACAAAUGUGAAGAAUGUGGAAAAGCCUUUAACCGCUACUCACACCUUUCUGUGCAUAAAAGAAUUCAUUCUGGAGAGAAACCCUACAAAUGUGAAGAAUGUGGCAAAGCCUUUAAUUAUUCCUCUACUCUUUCUGCACAUAAAAGAAUUCAUUCUGGAGAGAAACCCUACAAAUGUGAAGAAUGUGACAAAGCCUUUAAUUAUUCCUCUACUCUUUCUGCACAUAAAAGAACUCAUUCUGGAGAGAAACCAUACAAAUGUGAAGAAUGUGCAAAAGCCUUUAAGUGGUCCUCAAAACUUUCGGUACAUAAAAGAAUUCAUUCUAGAGAGAAACCCUACAAAUGUCAAGAAUGUGGAAAAGCCUAUGAUGGACACUCACAACUUUCUGUACAUAAAAGAAUUCAUUCUGGAGAGAAACCCUACAAAUGUCAAGAAUGUGGAAAAGCCUUUAACUGGUCCUCAAACCUUUCUGUACACAAAAGAGUUCAUUCUGGAGAGAAACCCUACAAAUGUGAAGAAUGUGGAAAAGCCUUUAAGGAUUCCUCAACCCUUUCUGUACAUAAAAGAAUUCAUUCUGGAGAGAAACCCUACAAAUGUCAAGAAUGUGGAAAAGCCUUUAACCGGUCCUCAAACCUUUCUGUUCACAAAAGAAUUCAUUCUGGAGAGAAACCCUAUAAAUGUGAAGAAUGUGGAAAAGCCUUUAAUGAUUCCUCUAAACUUUCUGUACAUAAAAGAAUUCAUUCUGGAGGGAAACCCUACAAAUGUGAAGAAUGGAAAAGCAUUUAACCGGUCCUCAACCCUUUCUGUACAUAAAAGAAUUCAUUCUGGAGAGAAAUAUUAGAAAUAUGAAUAGUGUGGCAAACCCUUUAACUCACGGUCAAACCAGCCUUUACAAUAAAAAAAAAAAAAUGAGAUAACAUGGAAACCCUAGAAAUAUGAAGAAUCUGGCAGUACCUUACUUGGUUUUCAUAACUUAUGAAGCUUAUUAGAAUUUACACUGGAGAGAAAUCCUACAACUGUGAAUGGUAUGGCGAUGCACUUAAGCAGAGCUGAAACUUUACUAGACACUCCCUGAAAAGAUUCAGGAAGACACCCCAGAUUCCUCUCAGUCUGAAUCGAUGGACAGCUCUUUCACUGUAGUCAGUAGUAAAACUCCUGGCAGACAGGGAGGUCAUGUGAACAAGGGGACUUCGUGACACAAAGGCUAAAAAGAGGCACCCAGGCAGAGGCUACCAAAGAGCUGCUGACCUCAAGGGAACCACCCAACCUGGCACCCCCCGAGGUUGGGGUUUCUUAAGUGUGUGUCAAAAAUUGUGAAGCUCAUCAUCUGGAAAAAUAUAAGAAGAAGAAGACUUUGUCCUCGCACAGAGCUGCAUCCUCUGCUGAAUAGGGUCAGGAAUCCUGCAACUCAAGUCUCAUCUGAUUCACUGACAGGCUGCGAUCUCCUGUCCAGGGAUGGGGCUUGCCCAUGUCUUUCCCAGCAGGAGCUGUUUCUCCACCCAGGGCUGGAUCCCUAGGGUCAGGCAGUGUAGGGGAACAGCCCUCAGGAGAAAAGAGAAAUUCCACCUGGGUGGCCAUGGCAUAGGUCUGCACUGCAGAGAUCACAACCUCCUGCACCAGGAAUUCCCCCAUCUGAGCUAAAAUCAGAUUCUGUGAAUAAAAUGAGUGAG